CCCGGUUCUAUAGCUUCUGAACAGCAGAUCUGUGUGCCUCGGGCAUCGGACAUUCUUGAGCUUACGGUGCGCGACAAAUCCAUUGCAAAUCGAAGAGAAAUGUACAAAUGACUGUAACUGUGGUAGCCAUAGAAUACGUGGUGCAAAGGUGGUCGCAUCUUCUCGCCAAGGUCCGAGGUGCGAGGGAGUUUUUCUUCUAUACAGCACAACGAAGAUCAUAAACCUCGCGGAAGGGCAGAGGUUUUGGUUGCAUUCAAAAUCUAGAGUCUUGAGCUUAUGAAUUUCACGAGUGAAUUUGCCCCUACAUGGCGAUCGGAUGGAUGAUGCGCUGAUAUACUUUGCGGAUAUUAGCUAGUUGACAGUACGUGUGGAGUGGGAACUUCAUGCGAUGGGUUUCGAUCUCUUCUGCGAGAGGUUGCAAUUUAUGAGUCGGAAUCUGAGCUGGAAUGGGAUGGGAGGAUGAAAGUUGCAGUGAUUAUACGCAUGGACUGAUAUAGUAGACCACGGAGCAUUGUCAAGUGAAUUAGAGAAGUCAAAUUGCACAAUCUGCAGGUUCUCAUCGAAUUUGUGAAUCUAUGGAUUGUGAUCACCAAAGAAUCCUAGGAUCUCGUGACAAUUCUCAUGUAAAUGCAGAAAUUCUUUGAGAGACGUCAGUGUCAGACGAUGCUUUUCAGCUGAGGAGGAAAUUUCAGUUAUUAAGGCAGAGGACACACUUCUCACACACUAGAUCAUCACUAUUGAGCGAAAUGUUGGCCAGAUUUGGGUGCACAAAUUUACUCCAGCUUGGGCGCCACCUUUCACACAGGAGGGCCUCAACGAGCUCUAGCAAAGAAGCGCUGCAAUUUAUAGCACAUGGGUUAAGCGCUGUUGUGGAGGCUGAUCGUAUUCUUCCUUAUACGGAUCCUGAUGACACUCGGGUGCAGCCAUUGUUGAAGAAAGCGAAAGAGAAUUUCGAGCUAGCUCUAGAAGUUGAAAACUCAAAUACCGAUGCAAUGUUACUCCUCUCUCGACUUCAUAUGUACUACCACAUACCGGGUGCUUGUCCAGCCAGUGGAGCUGCUCUUCUGGAGGCAGCUGCAGACGCAGGGAACUCUGUGGCUCAGUAUGAGCUUGCCUGUCGACUUCGUGCUGAGGGUAAACUCAUUGGUCUCGGCGAUGGUGAUGGCAUGGAUGAAAAAGCCUUCAAAUACUUGGAGUUGGCAGCUUGCAAGAAGCACCCAGGUGCUCUUUUCUUGAUGGGUGCAACCUACUUAGGUGGCAAGCAUACCAAGCGUGAUGUGAAAGCUGCUGCAUGGUGCUUUCGAAAUGCAGCUGAGCAGGGCCAUACUGCUGCAGCGACGGUUUAUGGAGCACUUAUGGCAAGAGGGCUCCAAGUUCCGAUUGAGGAAAGUGAAGAAGACAUGGCAGACCGCCAUCCUGAUAUGGCCACCACGGACCUGCACGACAUGACCGACAACGGCGAUGUCCAUUGCACCGCAGAUAUGGAAGAAGCUGCGAGAUACUACUUUGAGAUAGCGGCUGAAUCAGGGGAUGGUCUCGCUCUCGAGUGGCUCAAUAGGAUGCCAGCUGCUAAGGAAUCAACCGAAAACACCGACCAGCAAUAAUCAGUGUUAACUCCAUGUACAGCUUUGCGGCUUCUCUUACAAAGAAAUUUCACAGUUGGUGCUACUUUUGAAAAGCUCUUGCAAGAUGCACCGGACUUCCCCUCAAGACCUAUGUCUUCCGAAGCUGAAGGGUCAGAAGAGCAAGCCGCGGAAGAUCUCAACUAGCCCUUUGUAUCCAUUACGAACCAUUCGAGAUUCGACUUCCGAGCACAGCACCUUCAGUUACUUGUGUCAGUUCCUGCAGAGCGGAACAGCGAUUUGAUAAAAGUGACAGGAUACUGAGAAAGUUUCUCGUACAUCCUCGACCAACGACAUGAAGAAGUGUCGGUGUAGUAGCUUUAUUAGAAUGUAGUGUUCUAGGCUUCAAAGUGCUUGGGCGACAUGCCUUCUGCAUUGCAUCUCAUCAAUGGUUUCAUCUCCUUUUGCUUUGCUUUGCAUCUCGUCAAAUUCUCAGGGCCGUCUAUUGCUCUCAGUAUGGGUGGUGAUACUUAUGUACACCCUGCCCCACAUUGUCCUCUUUCUGUAAGAGUCUGAAAGCUCUUUCCAGCCGUGGACGAUGAUCCACAGCUUUGGCACGUGCAUUGAAAGUGUUAACGAGCCGCACAUGACACAACAAACUUGGAUGCGCAUGUCCUCGACAACUUGUCGAGGAACUGUAGCUAUUAAACUUCCAACGAUUUAAGUGAUCGACAAACUUUGCCCCUAAAAGAUGCGGCAGCAAGGUGCUCACAGGUGGACAAGGACACGUGAUCACAAUAUCUCUUUUCAUUCUUCGGCUGAGGCUCAGUGUUUCUAUGGUAAAAAACCAGAUACAUCUUUUGUAAGAAUCUUUGACAAAGUAAUAUUCGUUCAGUACGGGCCCUCCAGAAAAAUCCCGUGCACCGCAGUGAACGUGUACACUCGCACAAAUAUUCACGAAUCUGUCAAAGAAGCUUAGUGGAUGGUUGACUUGUCUGGCUCGGAACUCAGUGCAUCCUAAUCCUCCUUCAGCGUGUGGAAGACAUUGUCCUCGUUCCGUAGGUUCACUAGCACCACGAGGGCUCUCAUGUCGAAGACGACAGGAGGUCAUUGGCUGCGGUUUCUCUGUGGUUUCUAGUCCACCCCACAAUUGGCAGCCUCGGUCAUCUACCAAGUGGAAUAUUAUUGAUUUCUUCCAUCUCUUUCCAUCCAAAAUUUCAUCUACGGACCGACGCCUUCAUAGUUCCCUGCAAACCUGAAAUUCAUGCGUGUGGCCCUUGAGUGGUUCCAGCGCAUCUAGGUCAAAAGGGGGCAGACCUCCGAAACCAAGCCUGAGCUCGAAGAAGCCGUGGGGCGUAUCAUCGGUGGAAGGAGGCGUCCCGACGUCCAUUAACUUUAGCUUCACGGCAACAAAU